CAGCAGCAGUCAGUUACACACACACACACACACGGACUUCAAUCAGAUCUUCUCUGUUGCUUCUUCUAUGAACAGGCACGGUUGCGGGAAAACGCCUGAACGGAAUGGGAACGAAUAACUAUUCUCCAGUUCAAGAGAUACGAGGGCGGAAACGCGAAUAAAACAGACAAGAGGGAGAUAAAAACACACUGGGAGCGAGAGAAGGCCGAACCCAUCGAGGCAGCUCGAGAGCGGUUCAGUUAUUCACGCGACGGGUGUGCGGCGCUCAAGUGGAAUCCGGUGUGAGACCGACGAGGACGGCCCCGUUAUCUAACCGUACAUGUGGAUUACCCGUGGACAUUUCUUCAUUGUUUACUCUUCAAAAACUACAAAGCCGUCCGGUAGCGACAGACCUUCACCCUACGCGGAGAGGUCGGUGACUACCAGGACUCCGUGCCCCAUGAUGCACAGCAUUUGUGCUGGGACCACACCCACUUUUAGUGUGUAGAGGAAGUUGCAUCGUCAGCAUGUCCUCACACCCUCAGCCAUUGCCUCAGGGUCGGAGGGCUGUGGACACCCGCCACCUUCCCAGUCCAGCCACCCUUCCUCUGCAGCUGAGAACCCAUGCGGAUGUUGGUGGACUGGUGGACUACCACACUGUUGCUCGGGACUAUAGUUCCCAUCUGCCCCAUGCGUCCCUGUCCCAACCUCACCGCCGCAGACCGUCCCUUCUGUCUGAAUUUCAGCCAGGCAAUGAAAGAGGUCAAGAGUCCCACAUCCGAUAUGAGCACAUUUACCUGCAAGAUCCCAACAGCCAAUCAGAGGUGGAUUACUCUGAAAUGAAACGGCCUCGCUUGGACAUUGGGGCAGAUGCUCUCAUUCGUCAUCAGGCUCACCGUCAGCCUCUCACUGUGCCUGGAGCUGAGGAAAUGGCAAAGGAGCACAGCAGCAGCAGUUCCAUUGGAAAACUUGAGCCCAUCUCUCCCGUGAGCCCGGUACCCAUGGAGGCUGAUCUGGACUUGGUUCCGGCCCGUUUCUCCAAAGAGGAGCUGAUCCAGAACAUGGACCGUGUGGACCGGGAGAUCACUAUGGUGGAACAGCAGAUCUGUAAACUGCGUAAAAAACAGCAACAGCUGGAGGAAGAGGCUGCAAAACCUCAGGAACCAGAGCGCUCCAUCUCCCCUCCACCCAGUGAAGCCAAACACCGGAGCCUUGUCCAGAUCAUCUACGAUGAAAAUAGGAAAAAGGCAGAGGAAGCUCAUCGGAUCCUAGAGGGACUGGGACCCCGAGUCGAGCUGCCUUUGUACAACCAGCCGUCUGAUACCAAACAGUACCAUGAGAACAUCAAAAUAAAUCAGGCAAUGAGGAAGAAGCUCAUUCUUUAUUUCAAAAGAAGAAACCAUGCUCGCAAACAGUGGGAGCAGAAAUUCUGCCAGCGCUAUGAUCAGCUAAUGGAGGCCUGGGAGAAGAAAGUGGAGCGCAUCGAGAACAACCCACGCCGCAGAGCCAAAGAGAGCAAAGUGCGGGAGUACUACGAAAAGCAGUUCCCCGAGAUCCGUAAGCAGAGGGAGAUGCAGGAGCGCAUGCAGACUCGAGUGACUCAGAGGGGAGGGGGACUGGCAUCAGCAGCCCGCAGCGAGCAUGAGGUUUCGGAAAUAAUCGACGGCAUCUCUGAGCAAGAGAACACAGAGAAGCAGAUGCGUCAGUUAGCCGUGGUUCCGCCCAUGCUGUUUGAUGCCGAGCAGCAGAGGAUAAAGUUCAUCAACAUGAACGGCCUGAUGAGCGAUCCAAUGAAGGUCUACAAAGACAGACAGGUCAUGAACAUGUGGAGCGAGCAGGAGAAAGACACCUUCCGGGAGAAGUUUAUCCAGCACCCGAAGAACUUUGCCCUGAUAGCCUCCUUUCUGGAGAGAAAGACGGUGGCCGAGUGCGUCCUUUUUUACUACCUGACUAAGAAGAAUGAGAACUACAAGAACAUUGUUCGAAGGAACUACCGCCGCAGAGGCAGAAGCCAGAACAACCAGCAGGCACAGCAACAGGUGAACCGCAACAGCCAGGAGGAGAAAGAAGAAAAGGAGAAGGAAAAAGAGAAAGAGGCGGAACGUGAGGAGGACAAAGUGGAGGGAGACGACAAGGAGGAUGGAAUAAAAGAUGACACCUCUGGUGAAGACGGUGAGGAAAAAGAGCAACCUGUAGCCGUUAAAGGGCGGCGCACCGCAAAUAGUCGUGGACACCGGAAAGGACGAGUGACUCGCUCUAUGACCAGCGAACAGGAAGAGAACACUUCACCUCUCAAUAAUGAGCUUGCAAACCUGGAGAUGAACGAAAGCUCUCGCUGGACUGAGGAGGAGAUGGAAACUGCAAAGAAAGGUCUGCUCCAGUAUGGCCGAAACUGGUCCGCCAUUGCCAAGAUGGUGGGCUCCAAAACUGUCUCCCAGUGCAAGAACUUUUACUUCAACUACAAGAAGAGACAGAAACUGGAUGAGAUACUCCAACAGCAUAAAAUAAAAUCGGAGAGAGAGCGUAAAGCCAGACGUAAAGGUAAAGCUCCCCAGAACGAGGAGGCCAGCGCUCCAUCUGCUGCAGAAGAAGAGGAGAUGGAAGGGUCAGGAGUCAGUGGCAACGAAGAGGAGGCUCAGGAGGAUGGAGAAGGUGGAGUCAAUAACAGCUCUGACACGGAGAGCCUCCCUUCCCCACGCUCCUCAGACGACAGCAAGGUCAAAGAAGAGGGCCCAGCACGACCCAAAGCUGCACCCAAUGCCACCGCAUCCUGCUCAUCUACCGCAGACAAAGAAGCGCCACCUGCCAAAGUUGGCCUGGAGGACAAGCCAAUGGUGGAAAAGAUAAAAGAAGAGCAGGGAGGAGUGAAGCAAGAGGUCAAGACCGAAGCAGCAGAGACAUGUAAGGAAGUGGUAGGAGAGGAUAAGAAACCUCCUGCUGGUCUGGAGAGUGAGGAGGGAAAGAAAGAGAGCAAGAAGAAGGACCAUGGCGGAAAAAGCGCAAAUCAAGAUAGCGACUCUAGCGCCACGUGCAGUGCGGACGAGGUGGAGGAAACGGAGAGUACGGAAAAGAGCAGGCCAAGUCUGUUGAGCUUUGCCCAUGAUGGAGUGAUCUCGUCUACCAUUCAGAAACCCUUGGACCUCAAACAGCUUAAACAGAGAGCAGCCGCUAUACCUCCUAUAAUGCCGGAGGUGUCUGUGGCGGGCAGCACUAACCGGGGAGGCUUGCUAGGAAAACAACAGGCCAUGCCCCACGCUCUUGCGUUGUACCAGCAACAGAUUACCAUGGCACAUGAAUCCUCCCAGGAGGUCAAACAGCAGCAACCACAGCCAACCAAAUCUCAGCAUUAUCCAGGGAGCGGGGACGCUGGCAGCCCACGAUUUAGGACUCGCAGCCCCAGCAUCUCCGACAGAGAGAGAGAGGAGCUGGAGGGGAACGAGAGAUGGCUACAGGCUCUGCUCCACGGAUUACAUAAAUCUCGGGCAUUUUCUCCUCUUGCGGAUGGUAAGAAGGUUCCCGUUGCCGAUGACAUUCGGGCUAUGGGUAUGGGGCGGCCGGUGAUGUCGGCGUACCAGCUCUCACCCAGGGACAUGGCCAAACUCAGCCAAGAUCAGCUACUACACUACAACCCCUCCUUGGCUCCCACUUUGCAGCCACAGGAGAGGAUGGCUGCAGUUCGGCCUCUCCAUAUCCCAGAACCCCCUCCCCUAAUCUCCUCUGCCAAACCUGGUGGCUCCAUCACACAGGGUACUCCGGUACAGUUACACAACCCAUCUCACAGCUCAGAGCAUGGGAAAAUCCCAGCGCCAGGAUCACUGGGUCUCUCCUGGAUGGACCAGAGGAAGAUGGGAGGGUUUCCAGUGGUCAAACAGGAACAGUUGUCCCCUCACGGGCCCUCCUCCUCUCAGGCUGAGAAUCUCUCCACACAGGACAGCACUACAUCACGAGGGCCCAUGCCAGCUGUUCAGGGUGGCAGCAUCACAAAGGGCAUCCCUGGCACACGUGUGCACCAAGAACCUCCAAUAUCAUAUCGAGGGGGUUCCAUCACUCAGGGCACACCUGCAGAUGUGUUGUAUAAGGGCACAAUAACCCGUCUGAUCACUGAGGACAGCCCAAGCAGAGAAAGAGGCAGAGAGGACGCGCCUUCUAAGGGGCAUGUACUCUAUGAGGGCAUAAGUGGACACAUCUUAUCUUAUGACCGGGGUCAGAAUUCUAAGGAAGAGGGUCGUGGGGACAUGGUCGGACUGAAGAGGUCGUACGACAUGAUGGAGGGGGGGAUUUCUCGUGUGUCGUCCAUCAGAGACACGUUGUCUGCUGCUGAAGGCUUGAUCAGUCGAGCAAUGCCUCAUGAGCGAGAAAGUCCUCAUCCCCACCACAUCCGUGGAUCCAUAUCUCAAGGUAUCCCGCGUGAAGAUUACUUGCGUCGGGAGGUCAAACAGAUGAAAAGGGAGGGUUCUCCAUCACCCCGUGGGCCUGAUCCUCAUAAAUCACGUUCUCAUGAGGGUAUGGUGCCUACCGUCAAAGAAGGAGGACGCUCCAUUCACCUCAUCCCUCCUGAGGGGGUAGUGAUAGGCAAGCCUAAAGAAGGCUCCAUUACCCAGGGUACGCCCCUAAAACAGGAGCCUGUUGGCUCAUCCAAGCGCCAUGACGUGCGCUCCAUCAUCGCCAGCUCCCCCCGGCCUUACUCCGGAAUGCCCCCUCAUCAUCUAGAGCUCAGGCCCGAGCACAGAGGCGCUGACAGGGCCCGCUACGAGGAUGCGGGGAGCAAGUCCAGGCCCAGCGCUGUUGUCAGUACGGCCAGCUCAAUGUCCCGUGCCUCUCCACUGGCAAUGGGUGGAGAGCAGAGCAGCAGAGCCCACCACAGUCCAGUGGGCUACGAGGACCACAAAAGAAGCGGCUACCCUCCACCCUCACACAGAUCCUCUCCACUGUCAGGCAGAGAAAACUCACAGCGUUCACAUGAAGGUUCCAGUAAGGCUCAGCAGCAGGAAAGAAAGUCCACCCCUACUCCUCGCGAAGUAUCCUCUACUAAGUCUCCUUUGGCAGUGAGUGACCAUACCGCCUCUCUAGCCUACGAAAGGAUCCUGCAAAACCUAGGAACAGACAUCGGUAUGCAGUAUCGCGCGCAGAUCCCCCUGUCAUUCGAACAUGGCCCUGUGCCUAGAGGCAUCCCUAUUGAUCCAGCAACAGCAGCGUAUUAUCUGCCUCGUCACCUGACUCCCGCCCCUGGUUACCCUCAUCACUACUCUCCAUACCUGAUCAGAGGUUUCCCUGAGACAGCAGCCCUGGAGAACCGACAGACACUCUUUACAGACUACAUCACCUCCCAGCACAUGCAUCAGUGGCCGGCCAUGGCUGCUCAGAGACCUGACCUGAUCAGAAGCCUCACACCUCGAGAGCAGUCUGUUAACCUGGCCUACUCACCUACACCCAGAGGAACCUCUGCAUCACCCAUGGAACGCAUCACAUACAUCCCAGGAACCUCUGCAGCUUUCCCCGGCGGAGCCUACAACACUUCUCCCAUCUCACCAGUGUCUCACAUGAGCAAGAUCCAAAGCGGUUCUUCCUCCUCAGAGAGGGAACGAGAACGGGACAGGGAGAGAGAUCGAGAACGAGAGCGGGAUCGCGAGAAAGACAGAGAGCGAGAGCGGGACAGAGAGCGAGAAAAAGAACGAGACCGAGAAAGGGAAAAGUCUCUCGGCCAUGGUAAUGUGGAGCACGCCCCUAUAUGGAGACCUGGAGCACCAGAGCAGAUGGGAGGCAGCAGCAGCUCUCGUCCCCCGUCCCAUCCUUACGGUCACCAGCAGUCCUCGCUCUCCCCGCGGCCACAGGACAACCUGCAGCAGAGACCUAGUGUCCUGCACAACACCAGCUCCAAGAGCCUUCCCAACUCUGAGCACAACAGCCCCUCUGUACUGCGGCCUCCAGGUUCUGCGCGUUACCAGGGCUUUGGUGGACUUCUCCAAAGGUCUGGUUUACCUGCCGACGUUUACCCAGCUGGUUCAGACCUGAGCACUAAAGACUCUAGUAGAGAUGGGGGCAAAAGUCACGGGCGUGGAGGUCUACCCAAACAUCAAGACAUGUCGGCCUCUUCCAAGUCUGACCACAAGCUGGCCAGCCCUGGUGCAGGCGCGGCAUAUCCCUCUCCAUACAACCAGGCCUCUGGUGGCCAUCUUGGGCUCCUUCAGAGUCGUGGGCACCCCUCGCUGGCUUCUGAAAACAACAGCGGCAGCAGCUCCAUCCUGUCCCGCGGCGGGGACGGCGUCAGCAGCGCGUCAAGUAGGGAAAAGACUCAAAACAAAGUGAUGUCCAUACAGGAACACGAGCUUCGAGUACUCGGUAAGACCACCAUGACAGCGGCCAACUUCAUAAACGCGAUAAUCAUGCAUCAAAUUUCUUGUGAUGCGGCGAUGCCAGAGACUGGUGCGCUUGCGGCCAACGGCGCCUGUGAUGCUCGAUAUGGGUCUGAGGACAGACUUUCUCCUGGACAGCAGUCACCGUCACCCGCUGUUAAGGGCUCACAGAGGGUGGUCACGCUCGCCCAGCACAUCAGCGAGGUGAUUACUAAAGACUACACACGUCAGUCGCAGCAAGGGCAGAUCGGAGGUCAGUCACUGGGUUCCUCAGUCUUCGGGUACCACAGUUCCCCGGUGCUGGAUUUCACACGUCCACCUAGUGCACCUCAGGCUCAGACCCCUACAGAGCCGAAUCCCAACGCUCGCUACACCCCAGAGGGCUCUGCUGCUGAGAGGGAAAGAGGGAGAGACAGGUCUCCUCCCCAAAGUAAAAACUCUCCUGCGAGUCUGUCUGCUGAUGGUAUCGAACCAGUCUCACCACCUGGGGCUGUUUCAGAGCCGGAGACACCCAGUGCUGCCUACCCGAACGAACAAGCAGAACAGGGCAUGGGAUCUCGUUCUCCUGCCAGUAGCACUCAACCACCAGCUUUCUUCAGUAAACUGACCGAGAGCAACUCUGCCAUCGUCAAGAGCAAGAAGGAAAUGAUAAAAAAGAUGGUGGUCGGCACAGAGGCUGAAUUCAAUCAGGGUCAACCUGGAACAGAAAUUUUCAACAUGCCUGCGUCUACGAAUGCAGGACCUGUGAACGUGCGCAGUCACCCACCACCAGAGACAAGUGGUAAUACUAUAGGUUUGGAAGCCAUCAUCAGAAAAGCACUGAUGGGAAAUUUAGAAGAACAGAUGGACGAACGCUCGUCUUCAGGCUCCUUAAACUCAGUUGGUGUUGGCAUGCCAGCUGCUGCCAUGCAGUCUGGAUCAGCUGAUGGCCGCUCUGAAGACCCUUAUUCCCUGUCAGGGAAAUCCAAAGGAAACGGGCGCUCUAAUGGCCGCAAGACAAAGUCACCCGGACCUGGUCUAUCUGGAGGUGAGAGACCGUCCUCUGUGUCCUCUGUCCACUCCGAGGGAGACUGCAACCGUCACACCCCACUCACCAAUAGAGUGUGGGAGGACAGACCCUCAUCUACAGGCCCCACUCCAUUCCCCUGUAACCCCCUGACCAUGCAGAUGCGUCUCCCCAGCGGGAUGAUGUCAGGGCCUUCUCCGUCCCCCACGCAGACGGGAGCAUCGGCGCCCACGCAGGGCCAGACUCAACCCCGCACCUGGGAGGAAGAACCCAAGCCUCUGCUCUGUUCCCAAUACGAGACUCUGUCAGACAGCGAGUGAACGCACGCACCAUGUACACUAGAGCGACUGAACGUGUGCUGCUCUAUGAACAAAAACCUGUUCAUGUAAACUGGGAUGUUCACGAACUGACUCAAACAUGCUUAGGGGAACAUGCAUCAGCGUUAAAUCACAUCAUGGAUACAUAUUGACAUCCCUAUCCGAUACCUCUACACACAUUCAUGCAUGCGCAUACAAAGACACUCAUCACACUCUCAUAAUCGACCCUCCUAGCCAGGGCUGUCGUGUAAAGACUCGGGAGAACUUCCUCUAUUGGUCACGCCCCCAAGUGAUGGCCCUGCCCCAGCACACUCGCAGCUAGUAAAAGUACUGUGCUCGACAUGUGUGUUGAUGUGUCUGUGUGUGUGCGCGUGUUUGUGAAUGUGCACACACAUAUUACCGUGUGCCAUCACUCCAGGACUACUUGUAGGAAAAAUCACUUUUUAGUCAUUUUUUUAAAUAUACUAUUAGUGUCGUCUUGCUGGCCUUAUCAGAGUUUACUCAUGGACUCAUUCAUUGCGUUUUGGAGCAUUCCUCAUUAGACUGCUCAGGACACACACACACACACUCUUAUACUGUAACACAACUGCAUUUUUUUGGUGUGUGUGCAGCUUAUUGCAAAGGCUGGAUGAAUGAGAUAUACGAGAACCACACACUCUUGUUAGUUCUCAUGUGCAGGUGAAUCUACAACCCCUCUUUCUAACAUUGGCUUCUGGGUGGGGUCUUGUGUUGUUGAAAAGACCACAAUAUUAAGAUCUGAUGCUUUUGGGGUCACUCAUCUAAGCGUGUGCACACCUGUGAUGACAAAAUGAAACGAUUUGUGGUCUGAGAGAAACCGGUUCACCGAUCCUUGUGCUAAACAAUGCUGGGAAUGUUUAAUUUCAUCUCAUCGUUUAACAUUCUGUCUUUAUAUCUUGCAGAGAGUUUACAUGGAAGGCCAUAUCAUUGGUUUACAGGGUACACAUACAGUUAACUUGUUGACAUCAUAUUUUCAUUUUUUUACUGUAGAUUAUUAAAGAUCCUGGCACUAGCUGACCAAUAAUUCAAUUUCUUUUCUGUUAUCUCCAUUGUUGAUGGGAGAUUUUUUGUUGAGCAAAGUAAAAGUUCGCUCUUUUUCUUUUUUUAAAUGUACAAUAAUCUUGUUUGAAUAUGUUAUUUUGGUCUUUUUUAUGUAAUGAGUUAAGCACUUAGCGAGCAAGUUCUUGUUGCUUUUUACACAGCAUUUAUUUUCUUAUACAGUAUUUUGUUCAUUUGUUUUUCUGUCACCAACGUAUGAAGCGCUUCACUCUCUGGGGACAAUCGCAUGCAGAGAGUCGAGCGAGAAGACGUGUUUUUAGGAGAAGCUGCUUUAUAUUGAUUUUCCUUCAUGUCCCAGCAAACCUUCUCUCACAUCUAUUACCGGUUAAAGAGAAAAAGCCAUGCUGCCUGACCACUUCUCUUACGUGACACAUUUAGAGCUGCUUUGGUUUUGUUCUGUGUGGUUGAAGCAAGGUUUGGGUGCGCGAAAAUUCCCGGGGGUUGGUUUUUCCAUGGGCUUAUUUAGGGAGAUAUAAUUCUGCGUUUAUAUCUCCUCUUUACAUAGAUGAAUAGAUUAAAGAGGCGGUGACCUCAUGUAAACUGUAUUCCCUCCCGUUGUACAGUUUUAAAAGUAAUUCUAGUAUUAAGUGCCAUGUAUUUGACAUUUCUGAAGUUAAAACUACCAAGUUGACUACGCACAACUUUUUUUAUCCAUGUAAUUUUUUUUGUUUUCUCCUUGUUAUGUCAAGGUUGUACAAUUUGUCACAGACACAAGUGGUGAAGGAGUAUUUUACAAUGAACGCGUGUCUUCACUAAACGCAGACUCUCCUUUGAAAAACGGCUCGGAUUUUCCUUCCAUCUCUACUAAUUGUUUUGCAUGCAUGUUAGAUAUAAUGAAAUGUUUUAAUUCGUAUUGUUUGACUUUUAUUUGUCACUCGGUUUUAAUAUGAAAGUUAUCUUUAACAGUUUAAACUGCAAUAUUCAUUGUAUUCUCCAGGCUUGGACGCUGGGGAUGUUUGGAAAGAUAUUUAAAAAAGAUUAAAUGUCAGCGGUGGGUUUUAUCCGGUUUUGGGGUAUUUUCCGGUUUGAUGUUCGAGGACGGUUUUAGUGUACUACCUAGUGUUGUUUGUAAAAUGGGGCUUAUUUUCAGUCGAUUCGAUCUCAUCAAGAAUUUGAUUCUCAUACAGGGUGUGCAAAAACUUGCUUUAGUUUAACCGUAACAUUUACAGAAGCAUUAAUGAUGCUCUGAUUUUAGAUUCAUUUUCAGACAUAUCGCUCUGGACUAGGGUUGCAAAAUUCAGGGAACUUUGGAAACUUUUCAUGGAAAUUUCAUGGAAUACUGUAUAGGGAAUUGUGGCACAUGGGUGAAGAUAAGUCAGAUGUCGAGUGAUAGUAUAUCAUUCCCGAAGUUCCCGAGCUUUGCAACCCUACUCCGGACAGUAUUGUAUUUAGUGGAAAGUCACUCUAAAAUCAAUUGUUUUCUAUUUUGAGCCCUGCCCCUUUUCUUUCUUAUAUUUUGACUGUUUGUUUGAUUUGUGGUCAGAUGCCCUUUUACUGAGGACAGUGUUGCACUUUCCUUAGCUAUUCAUUUGUAAUCAUUAAACGGUAAUGAAGCUGAAUAUUCAAAUGAAUGAAGAGGAGAGAGCUGAUGUAACAAUGGGUAACAGUAGUCCCUCGUAGGAAUGGUAAAAUUAAGUACAUGUUGGGGUGGCAUCUGUUUUGUACAACCUUUUUGUGCAUAUGUUUUUCUUUUUUUAUUAAGACCCACUGUAUUAUAGCAAGGAGUGUAAAUAGACCUAAAGGCUGUACAUAUUUAUGUGAUUUGCUGCAAGACUGAUAAUCACACUGUUGUAUUUCAACAUGGCCACCAGCAAGCUUUGUGGAUAGCAGUGUAAAAAUUGAACAGAAAAAAACAGACACUGCCUUAAUGUUUAAAUAAAAAGCUUAUUGCCAUUGA